AUGUCUUCCUCGUACAACAGUAGUGCGCGUUUCAACGAGGCCCGGAGAGUGGCAAUCUUCGGCGGGACUCACGGGAACGAGAUGUCCGGAGUGACUCUUGUGAACCUGUGGAUGAAGAACGGCGCCGAAAUCCAAAGAAAGACUGUCGACACGAAACCUUUCAUCACCAACCCGAGGGCUGUGGAAAAAUGCGCCAGAUAUGUGGACACGGACCUGAACCGAGCGUUCACCCCGGAAAACCUCAGUGCUUCGGGGGGCAAGGAGUUGCCCUAUGAAGUGCAAAGAGCUCAGGAAAUCAACAGACUAUUUGGACCGAAAGGAAGCCCGGAGGCUUACGAUGUCAUCUUUGAUCUCCACAACACCACGUCCAACAUGGGCUGCACUCUCAUUCUGGAGAACUCCAAAGACCACUUCAAUCUGCAGAUGAUGAACUACAUUAAGAAAGCCAUGGCUCCCGCCAGUUGUCUCGUUCUUCUGAACGAGCAUCCUCUUCUGAAAUACUCUACUUCCCGCUCCGUAGCCAAACAUCCCGUUGGCUUGGAGGUGGGUCCUCAGCCUCAAGGGGUUUUGAGGAGUAACAUAUUUGAAGCAAUGAGGGUCAUACUCAAACAUGCCCUGGAUUUCAUCGCUUUGUUUAACGAAGGCAUGGAAUUCCCAUCCUGCAGUGUGGAAGUUUUCCGGGUUUCAGAGAGAGUUGACUACCCCAGGGACGCCAAUGGAAACAUUAUUGCCAUGGUGCACCCCAAUUUGCAGGACUGUGACUGGGAGCCACUGAACCCGGGUGACCCAAUGUUCCAGACGUUUGAUGGGAAGACCAUUCCCUACAAAGGCCCCGGCACUGUUUAUCCCACGUUUAUUAAUGAGGCGGCCUAUUAUGAAAAACAACAGGCAUUUGUCACCACUAGACGAGAAACUCUGAUGGCAAGCGCCAUUAGAAAAGCAUAA